UACGGCGCCAAGUUUUGCCGCUAGAUUUUGAAAAGUCUAAACAAAACCCUUAAUUUCCAGAUGGGUUAGUGAAAAAAAGUGAAAAUCUUAUGCGCGAGGGAGAGAUCGGAUGGAAAAUGCCUCUGAUUCACAGCUGUCUAAUGCGUCUCACUCGCUUUCGCUUCCUUCUGAGCCUCCCGACAUAAGAAACUGGUUUCCUAGUUACAGAUAUGAAUCUUUUGUUCUGGAUACUUAUGAGUUUAAAGAGCGCGAGUGUGAAGGAGAUGGAUUUUCUGCUGCUGCAGAGAGAAGCAGAGAAAAGGAAGGACAUUUGGGAGAAUCUAGAAGAAAUGGUGACGCUGGUGACAAACAUGAACACCAAUCUUUAAACGGGACAACAGACUCCACUUACUCGCUGUCGAUCCUUUCCGAGCCACCUCAUGUUAGAAACUGGUUCUCUAGCUAUGUGUAUGAAUCCCCUGUGCUGGAUACACUAGAUGAUUUUAAAGAAUCAGUUACUAAAGAACGUGUAUGUGCGAAAGAAGGAUUUGCUUAUGAAGGAAGUGAAGGAAAAAAAGAAGACAAUUUUGAGUAUGAGUCUAGGAAUUCUUGGAACAGCAAUGAAGUAGAUGCUGGAGGUGGGACUCUGCGCUCAACUGGGCCUGUUAAUUGUGAGAAUACAUUUGAAGACACAUGUGUGAACCAACCAUCGAAUGAGAUUCCAGAUUCUUCAGAGGCACCUUCAUCUCUUUCUGAGCCACCAGACAUUAGACACUGGUUCUUCAGUUAUGCGUAUGAAUAUCCAGAAAGCAAUGCAUUGGUUGAUAAAGAAGCGGAUUGUGACGGUUUGGUCAAUCAACAUAAUCACAAUGAGAAAGAAAGCAAUUUGGGGAAAUUUGGACAAACCAGAGUUACUGGUAAAUCUGUUGUUGAUGAGAAAGUAUUCCCAAAAGGAUCUUUUUUCAGCUCCUUGAGGGGCGAUAAGCAGGAAAGCUCGUCUCUGAAUAAGGGCAUGAGGACCCCAGUGCAUGAGAACUCAUCCACUCAGGAUAAUUUGUUCUGUGAAAGUAGUCAGCGUUUGGAAGACAAGAUAUUUCCCAAUCAUCCUAGAUGUUCGACGAAUGAUCUUGAGAAAGUAAGCUCGAAUGGUGAUUGUACACCACAUAAACUGCAACAGAAACAUAAUUUCGUCCAAGAACCUCUUUUAGUGACAUGCCAGAAAACAAAUUCAUGCAAGAAUGACAUGACAUCUCCAACAAAGUUGAGCCUUAUGAAGGAUCUUACAGAGAACUUGAAAACUAAAGCUGAAAUGGGAGUAGAUCUUGCAUCACCUACAACUAAUGGGAAUUUUACUCAAGUUGCUGGAGAUUUAAUUAGGAAAUCAACUGGUGAAAACAAGAACAAAGAAAAUGAAGGAAAAGAAGUUGUGGAGAGUGGUUUUGUGACAACAAAGAACCGAUGGAUACCAAAUGAUGAGAAUUCUUUGCAUAAGCCACAAAAGAAUAUAUCAGAAUGUUCAAGAAAUAAAAGAAUAACUUCAGAUUGUGGAAACAACACUACUAAAAGAAAGGUAUUGUCAGAAAGAACCAAUUUGGAACGUUCCAAUGCUGUUGAGAUCACUGGAAAAUGGCUGUGUCCUCUGAAGACUAAGCCGAAUAUUGGACCUCCUCUGAAGCAACUUCGACUUGAACGAUGGGUUCACAGGUUGUAAAAGUUUCAAUUAGUAAAGAAGGAGAAAUCCACGAAAAGGCUGUUUAAUGAACUGAACCAAUGGGCUGUAUUUCAUUGGUACUGUAGCUAUUAGGUUUGGAGUUUGAGUUCGAGAUGUGUCAUGUUAAAUUUGGAAAUUGUCAAGUAAAUUGUAAUUUAGUUUAGUUUGAUAAGAACUCUGUUUGUUAUUGAGUUAUUAUAUCAAAAUUGUUAGUUAAUUUAA